CACUCCCGAACUUACCAAUCACAUACCCACCCCCUCUGCCCAUUAUGCCUCGUGAAGUCUCCGACAUCAAGCAGUUCAUUGAGAUCUGCCGCCGCAAGGAUGCGUCCUCUGCCCGCAUCAAGCGCAACCGCAACACCCAGCAGAUCAAGUUCAAGGUCCGCUGCUCCCGCUACGUCUACACCCUUGUCCUGAAGGACUCCGACAAGGCCGACAAGCUCAAGCAGAGCCUUCCCCCUGCUCUCAAGGUUGUCGAUGUCACCAACGGUGACAAGAAGAAGGCUUUGUAAAUUUGGAAAACCUAGCCCAACCUUCUUAUAUCGCACACCGCUUGCCUCUCGUCCGAAACGAUCCUCGACAUGUCAAACGUCAAGCGUUUAAGGUGAAGAAAGUGGAGCUCGGAAGUGAAAACGGACGAACAAACGGCGCAUGGAAAUUUUCAUAUCACCUCUUUUUCGAAGAAGGAACAGGAAUUGAAUUCUUGUGUCGAUUGAUAAUUGAAAGAUUGAUUGGCUUUUGAAUGGGGUGCUGGUGUGUCAUCUCCACAGGUUGCAUGGAAUUGCUUCUGUUUGGGGUGAGAUACACGGGAGGGGCUGAGUCGUCCCCCGCCUGGCCGGCAACUGCUAUGCCAGUGAUGCAUCACUGGCAUAUCGAGUUCCUCCCGGACGUAGAACUCCUAAACAUGACUGGGUUUCGUUUGCCAGUAUCCGGUUUUCGUCGGAGCUCUUUUUGGAUUCUUACGGCGUUUGAUCAAAGACAAAAAAAAGAAUAUCCCGUGAUCGUUGGCAA